CACGCGAACGCCGUAACUCAAUCACGUGUUGUAAACGCGUGCUGUUGGCGUCGCCGCGUCGCGUUUUAGCGUUCCCUCCCAGCACUGCGUUUUGAAUUGUGCUGUUGUUUGCGCCUGCGACACAUUUAUUCUGCAACCAUGGACAGCCAAAGCACGGAAUCUACCUCGAUCAGCAGGGAUGGGUCCGUGUCUUACUCGAAGUCUCCAAAGAACAAACCAAGCCCCAUCAAAUCGAAGCGGAAAAAGAUGGAGUUUGCAGAACUGAUCAAGAUCACCAAAGUUGACCGUGUAGUUCUGCACACACCACUCUGCACAAGCUUUUCGGGGACGCUGUCUCUGUCGAGUCAUCACUCUAUCUUCUCUUCGCGCACAGAUGACGAUAAGGAGCUAUGGUUGCUGCACAGGAUGGUUGACACUGUUGAGCGACGGAUUGGGGCCCUGUCGGGAACACUGUUUUUGAAAUGCAAAGACUUCAGGAUUAUUCAACUCGAUAUCACUGGCGUUGAAGCGUGCAACAAUGUUGCAGACACCAUUGAAUGCCUUUCCGCAUUAGAUAACCCGAAGUGGUUUCAUCCAUUCUUUUACAAUCCUUCUUUUGUUAUAAUGGAGGAUGGGUGGUCAGCAUUCACAACAGAGCAAGACUUUGCUAAAAUCAAGCUGGUCUCGGACGAUUGGAGGAUAUCAUCUGUGAACCAUGAUUUCUCGGUCUGUCCAACCUAUCCUGAACAAGUGAUCGUGCCAAAGAAGGUAGAAGACAGCGUCCUAGUUGCUUCAGCUUCUUUCAGGCAGAUGGGCCGUUUUCCAGUGUUGAGCUACUUCCACAAGAAAGCAAAGACGGCGCUGAUGAGGUGCAGUCAACCAUUAGUUGGAACGACGAUGAGGCGUUGCAAUGGAGAUGAGGAGCUACUCAAAUCCGUGCUGAUGGGUGGAAAGAAGGGUUUCAUCAUUGACACGCGUACACAGAAUGUCGCUCAGCUAGCAAAAACAAAAGGUGGUGGCUGUGAGCCUGAAGUGCACUACCCAAUGUGGACGCGCCUGCACAAGCCAAUCGAGCGCUACACAGCCCUCUUGGAGUCCCUCUCCAAAGUGGUGGAAG